UUCCUCCACCGCCAUUGCAUCUAGAUAGAGCUUUCCCACCGCUUCCGUUUUCUUUUACAUCCCAAAAACGUCGGAUUCGUCUUCUCCAUGGUCGGUCGCAGCGCAGCCUCAUCUUUCGAAUGGAACUGCAUAAGAUCUUCCACCAUCUGCCAUCUGCUUUUGAUAGCUUCUUUGAAUUCAUCGUUACAAAACAUAUCGGUCCACCACCGUCGCACCUUCCACGGAUUCCAUCAUCGCACUAAACAAACUGCAGGUUCCACUCCGAUUUCACAUUUCACAGUCUCUUUCUUAUGGUCGAAGAAGGAACGCACUUGA